AUGUCUAAUAGACUGGUGAUGCGUCUGAUUCUUCUGCUGAUGAUCUUCAAGGAAAGUGGAGCAGCCACACCCUGUGAGAGCUGCAGCCGGACCUGUGACUGUAGGGACAAAGACCUCAGAAGUGUUCCUCAAGAUCUUCCCACAAAAAUCGUUAGAUUGGACUUAGACCGUAACGCUAUUGUAUCCUUGAAACCGUCUGACUUCUCCAGGUACACACGCAUAGAAAAAAUCGACUUAAGUAGAAACAAUCUAACCAACAUUCAGAAUGGUACAUUUUCAAUUUCACCCAAUAUAUACAUAACUUCCAUUCGACCUGGUUUAUUCUCUAAUCUACCACGGCUUGACUAUUUGCAGCUGUCCAACAACCGGAUAAAUGACAUUCAACCUGGGUCAUUUUCAAAUUUACCUCUGCUUGAUAAUUUGUACCUUGACGACAACCAGAUAAACAACAUUCAACUAGGGACAUUUUCUAAUCUACCCAAUCUUAAACGACCUGCCCCUACUGAAGGAGUUGUUCCUGAAUAA